UUUAUAAAUUCGACAGAACAAAGUUGGGCUAGAUUCAGCGACUAGCGCAAAGUAUACAGUCAACAUCUUCAUACGAAAGUAUUCCAAUUUUUUCUGCGCCUAAAAUUCGGUUUGAUAGAUUUUCUGCAAUGCGUUCCUCGGUUUCCCUAUCUGUCAAGAAUAAUUAUCCUAUUUUCUUGAACGUCUCAUUUGUCGUAGUGGUAUGUUUUUUCUUGCUUAUACAUUUCCAUUCUUCAGAAUCUCUUGUUAUGAGCAAUUUUCAUCGCUUCAAAAGCAGCAGUCCGCAAGGCUGCAAGGGCUUGUUUAGGCUAGACGACUACAAAGCCAAGUGUUUGUACCUUAAAUCCCAUAACCCAUGUGUUUCCCAAGGCUAUAUUGACUAUCUUUACCUAUUCUAUUGCAAAAUUGGGAGUUUUCCCCUCCUGGGUUAUACUCUUUUUUUUCUCUGGCUUCUAGUUCUUUUUUAUCUGUUGGCAAACACAGCUUCAGAAUACUUUUGUUCUUCACUUGAAAGCUUAUCAGGGCUACUAAAAUUGCCCCCUACAAUUGCUGGGGCUACUCUGCUUUCUCUUGGCAAUGGUGCCCCUGAUUUUUUUGCAAGCUUCGUCUCCUUUACGGGCAACGGAACACGAGGCGUUGGCCUUUAUACAGUACUAGGGGGUGCUUCCUUUGUAACAUGUGUUGUGGUUGGAAUCAUCAGUAUUACAAGCCGGAGAAUACAUCUUCGACUAAACAAAUCUGCCUUUAUAAGAGACGUUUGUUUUUUCCUUCUGGUUCUUGUAUCCUUGUUGGUGAUAUUGAUUCAGGGGAGAAUCGAUCUAUGGGGUGCAAUUGGUUUUUCUUCACUGUAUGUUGUUUAUGUAAUACUUGUUUGCACCUCCCGUUUCCAAUGGAAGAAUGGUGGAGAAGAUGGAGAAAGAGAGCGAAAUUUAAGCGAUGGGAGUGACUUGAGUAUACCCAUUCUUACCUACAUGGGGAAGGGAGAUCUUAAUACUUCUGAGGAAGGGUCUGUAGAAGGUGAUUCUGAAGAAGUCCAGAGGAGCUUCUUUUGUUUAAGAUCAUCUGCUUUUUGUGGUACAUUUCUUUGCGUCCUUGAGAUGCCUCUCUCCUUACCAAGGCGAUUGACAAUUCCUGUUGUUUGUGAAGAGAAAUGGUCAAAGAAAUAUGCGGUUGCUUCGGUGACAUUAGCACCUCUACUCUUGUCUGCUCUUUGCAACCCUCGUCAUGAAGACGGCACCUUUUACACAAGACUGGUGGUUCAUGGAAUUGGGUUGCUGUUUGGCAUUGCUUUCGGAGUUCUUGCAUACAUGACAACUGAGAAGUCAAGCCCACCAAAGCAAUGCAUAUUUCCUUGGCUUGCCGGAGGCUUUGUAAUGAGUGUAACUUGGAGCUAUAUUACUGCACAGGAAUUGGUGGGGCUGCUAGUUUCACUUGGUUAUAUGUUUGGAAUAGAUCCGUCUAUACUAGGUUUCACUGUCCUUGCUUGGGGCAACUCCCUUGGAGAUCUUACCACAAAUUUAACAAUGGCUCUGAAUGGUGGACCAGAGGGGACUCAAGUAGCGAUAUCAGGUUGUUAUGCUAGCCCCAUCUUCAGCACUCUCUUUGGCUUGGGCUUGUCACUUGUUGCCUCUUCUUGGUCAAAUUACCCUUCAUGUAUUGAGAUACCUAAGGAUCCAUACCUCUUGGAGACACUGGGCUUUUUGGCGGGUGGAUUGCUUUGGGCACUUGUGGUUUUGCCAAGGAGAGGCAUGAGGCUUGAUGGGGUCCUGGGAGGAGGACUUUUAGCUGUAUAUCUAAUUUCACUCUCUCUAAGGUUGAGUCAGACACGUGGGUCUCUCCAGAUUCUUCAUACAAAUGCCUUAUAGUCUCAAAUGAAUGUCUUUUAGAAACUUAACUACAUGUAAUUAGAUUCACUGAUGUAGUUUUUUACUAACAAGCUUACUGUAGAGCAUUUAGUUUGCUGGGCUGAUACCAUAUGGCUUCUUUUAAGGUACUAAUACUGUUUGUAUUAUUUGCAAUGAAAGCCAUAUAUAUGCUCUCUCUCCAAAAUGGUUGGC